AAACGCAAGGAGGAGCAGCAAAAGUAUGGGAUUUACUUUGACGACGACUAUGACUAUUUGCAACACCUUAGAGAUGUCAACACGCUGUCAGUGGAGUGGGAGCGUGUCGAGAACACGAACAAGUCCAAAGGCGAUGAGGGUACUCCGAAAAUUAACUUGCCGUCGUCCGUGUUUGCGUCGAACGUCGAGGAGAAAGUUGGUAUGCUCAAUAAAGCGGCGCCAGUCUCCGGGCCGCGGCUGGAUCUCGACCCGGAUGUAGUCGCUGCGAUGGACGACGAUUUUAAUUUUGGCGACCCCGAAAAUGAGCUGGAAGAUAAUUUCAUAGAAUUGGCUAAUGCCGGAAAUAGCGACAGCGAGGAUUCCGACAGAGAAUAUGAAUAUGAAUUGAACGAGCCGGAAAAUGAAUGUGAUGAAUCAGAUGUCUCAUCUGAUGGUCACAUGGACUUGUCUGACGAGGAGGCAGAUGAAGUGUGCAGUUUAAAUGGACCUCAAUAUACUUUUAAGGAUGAGGAAACCAAAUCGAAAUUCACAGAGUAUUCUAUGAGCAGUAGCGUGAUGAGAAGGAACGAACAACUUACAUUGCUGGAUGACAAAUUUGAAAAGGUUUAUAUAUAUAUAUAUAUUUUUUUUAUAUGA